AGGCUGAUGAAUACUGGCGUAGACUGCGUAAUCUACAAUGGAAACAUAUACAACUUCGUGAGAAAGAAAUUCUCGGCACUGGAUCAUACAAACUUCGUCGAUUUACAGAUGGAUUUCAUGAACUGGCACUAUCUCAACAGAGUUGGUUCCAGUGGUUAUAUCAGCAUAAGGUUACAUCAGAGGAAUAUAAACGGAUUUUCGGAAUACCUGGACGAUUACCUACCUCAAAGUGAACGAACAACAACAACAAUCGAAAUCGUAGUUGUUGUUUUGUUUUCUCAACUAGACGAGCUGAGCUGUUCGUUUAUCUAUUUUUUGUAGAUAUAUGUACAUACUUAAUGUCUGUCUAUUUUUGUCUUUCUUGAUAUGAAUACUUUUCAUUUCUGCUAAGUUUUUGGACCUUGGUCGUUCAGUGUUAGAAUGUUCGCUAAACGACACAAGUGAUCUGGAUGUUCGAUUCUCGGCCGAUGCACUGCUAAACCUUGUCUAGUUAGUUUACUAGCGGAUUGUAUGCCACUUGAGAAAGUGUAGAGGGUUGAUUGAACGUGAGCAUUCCUGGAAAAGAAACAAUACCCCCUCCCUCUGAAGAAGCCCCUUGGUGGAACACAAAGUGAAUUGAAAGGAACACUGUUAUAACAUAACAUACGCGAUACUCAUUAGAGUGUAUUUUUGUGUCUCUGUCUUUCUUUCUCUAGUAUUUCGUUUUUGUAUAUCUGAGUGAAUUUUGUCUUAUUUAACAAAAGUGCUGACACAUUUUGUGAAAUUUGUACAGUAUUAACCGUU